AUGUCAUUCCGAAAGCAAAUUAAACUUAUGAACAAGAAAAUCCAAGAACAUAACCAGAAAAUGAAGCCAAUAAAGGAAAUGGAGCUUUUUGUUCUCGACAACUCUCUUCGAGAAAGCACCGUGGCACAGCUUCGAGGCCAUACCAUUGAAAACAAGUGGAAAAUAUAUGAAGAGGUAAGCCAUGUGCUAUUCCUGAUAUGGAUCCAAAGUGAAAGUUGCGAGGGGGCCUGGUAAAGAGCAUAUCAGCUGGUCAGUCUCUGAUUCACGUCUUACCUUCUUUUGUCCUCAUUCUUCUCUCACCUUUUUUUGCCUUUUAUUAUUUACUCUAAUCUUCCAUUCCCUAUUUCUCGUCUCGUCUCUACCGCCCUUCUUACAUGAUAUUUUAAUGUAUCGCCAAACCAUUUGCAAGUUUUGACUAUUUUUGACAGAUUCGCUAUUUUCGCCAAAAGCGCCACUUACCAAGGGCCCCCUUUUGCCCUGAAAUUUGAAUAUUUGCCAGAUCCAUGUCAAAUUUAAGCGUCCAAUUGGCCAUUUUCGCUAGAUCUGCCAUUUUCGUAAAAACCGUCACUCUCCAAGGGGCCCGUUUUGCCCUAUUAUUUUUCGCCUGAUUUUCUAUUUUCGCCAGAUUCGCCAGUUUUGUCAACUUCGCCACUCUAACUUUACAAGGAGCAUUUAAGUUUCGCCAUACCUCUAAAGAGUUUUUUUUUGCCAGAUUGGUCAUUUGCGCCACUGCGUGCAUUUCUGGACACAAGUGCUGCCUGUCGGUCUACUUCACUUCACUCCACUCUCAGUGGGUUCUUCUCUUCUCUAAUCAUUUCUACUCUUCUCUGCUCCACUCUACUUAUCAUACUUCAAUCUACUCUACCCUGUAUACCCUGCUCUAGUUACCCUACACUUUUCUGCCCUAUUAUACUUUACUCUACUCCAUUCUAUAGGGCUCUACUCUACUCUGGUCUGCUCGGGAGUCUUCUACAAUCUUCUCUACUCUACAAUAACUGACUUAACUCUACGCAAUCGCCACACUACUCUACUACAAAUUACCUCACUUAACCUUCCUGAGAUAAAGUAAAUGAUUUAACUUCUUCUCUGUGUUUCAUCUGUUUUAACCAGGUGAAGAAAGCUGGCUUUCAGCAUAUGAUUGUUGCCUCAUUUUCCCACAUGACUCGUGUGGGUGACACCUUCUGUCGUAAACUAAAAGAGGAAGGAGAAGACUUCGACAAAUUAUACGCCUUCACGGAGUUAGUGGAACCUGGUUACAAAAAUAGAGUGCCAGACGUCGAAGCUAUUCCUGUUGGAUUGAAAAAGAUGAAGGAAUUUGGCAUCAAACACCCAAUCAUUGAGGUGGAUUUUGUCUACAGUGGAAUCGACUAUGAGAAGUUCACGUCUGAUGACAUCAACAAGCUUUUGUCUGAGCGAAUGAGAUGGGUUCGUAAAAAUCUUUCCAAAGAGGCCCGUAUAUUUAUCAACCUACGCGACUUUCCAGCAGCCAUGUCGAGUAGACCAGAACGCAUUUUUCAAGUGGUUCAUUACUUGUCUUCUUUGCCACGAACUGAGCGUCCCUUUGGUUUGAUAUACGAGGAUCCAUCAGGUAAAUCCAUGCCAGAACAACUUGGAGUCUGGACGGCGGCCAUUCGUAAAGAAAUGGACGACUGUGGUUUUAAAGAUGCAAAGCUGUUGGUACAUGUUCACAAGCAAUGGGGAAUGGCAGACAGUAGUGUGUUGGCAUGCCUCGCCAGUGGCGCAGAUGGUAUAUGGGCAAGCUUAUGCGAAGAAGGCGCCGCUAUGGGUCACUCCUGUUCAAGUGUGACUAUAAUGAAUUUAGUCCGCCUUGGAAACAAAAAGGUUUUACAACAAUACAACUGUACGUACCUCCGCAAAGCGGCCCAAGAGAUCACCACAAUCACAACUGGGCUUGGUGCGGGUCACAGGCAGGUGGUGUAUGGGGAAAGAGCUCUAGAUCUGGUCUUCGGAAUACCCAACUUCCCCUUAGACAAGAAAGAAUUUGAUAUUGCUACGUUCUUUGAUGAAGAGCCUCCCUUACGAAUGACUACUCUGGCCUCGCCCAAGAUGAUCGCGGAAAAACUGAGGCGUGUCUUUGGAGAGGACCCACAGUUCACGGAGGAAAGAGGCACGAGAAUGAAGGAAGUAAUGUUGGAAGACCUUAACGAAAACAGAAAGGAAGAAUACAUGAGCGCAGUUGGUCUGGCGAUACUGUUUGAUCGGUCUGGUGGCCAAUUAACCCCUGGCAUGAGCGAAGUCAUCGCGCAGGAUGAGCCCGAGAAAGGCCACGCUCAGCAUUUGAUUGCUGAAAUUCGGAAAAUGUGGGAUGAAUGGGAUCUUAGGGAAGAGAGCCAGCAAGAUGAUGCGUUGGAGUUCGAUUCAUUCUACAAUGGCUUCUUGGCACCAUACUUCAGCUGCUACAGAUGCGAUGAAACAAAGCGCGCUCUAAAAGCCAUUGACAUGGAUGAAGACGGAAAGGUGGAUUGGAAUGAAUUCUCCUUGUACUUAAAGUGGGCCAUUCGCCAGUAUCCUGAGACCAAGACUGCUGAGGAUCUGCUAUCCAUUGCCUUCCGCAAGGGCCUUAUCCCCGCCAUGCAAGACGUGGUUCUUCACGUAACUGUAGACGUAGAAUAA